AUGGGCUGCACGUCAUCAAAGGAGGACGACGGCGCCAAGCUGCGCUCAAAUGCCAUUGAGGCGCAGCUGAAGAAAGACAAGGCUCAGAUGAAAAAUGAGAUCAAAAUGCUUCUCCUCGGGGCGGGCGAGUCUGGCAAAUCGACCAUUCUCAAACAGAUGAAGCUCAUCCACGAGGGCUCAUAUUCUGUCGAGGAACGCGACUCGUACAAAGAGAUCAUCUUCAGCAACACCAUCCAGUCCAUGCACGUCAUUCUUGACGCAAUGGAGAUGAUGGGCAUCACUCUCGCCAAUCCUUCCAACAAAUCGCGGGCGGACGUCAUCAUGGCUCUGCCUCACCAGAUCGAAGGAGAGUCUCUGGAGACCAACGUCGUCGAUGCCAUAUCAGGCCUCUGGAAGGACUCCGGCGUGCAAAAAUGUUUUGAGCGAUCACGCGAGUUCCAACUCAACGACAGCGCUUCAUACUACUUCGAAUCUAUGCCCAGAAUAGGCAGACCUGAUUAUUUGCCGAAUGACCAAGAUGUGCUCCGUUCGCGAGUCAAGACGACUGGCAUCACCGAAUCGCAUUUCCAGAUUGGCGACUUGCGCUAUAGAAUGUUCGACGUGGGCGGCCAGCGAUCAGAGCGAAAGAAAUGGAUCCACUGCUUCGAAAACGUCACCGCUAUCGUCUUCCUCGUCGCCAUCUCUGAGUACGAUCAGAUGCUGUACGAAGACGAGUCAGUAAAUCGUAUGCAAGAAGCGCUAGCGCUCUUCGACUCGAUUGCGAACUCGAGGUGGUUCAUGUCUACGUCCAUCAUCCUCUUCCUGAACAAGAUUGACCUCUUCAAGGAGAAGCUCACAAGAUCGCCCAUCCAGCCGUACUUCCAAGACUACACGGGCGGCGCGAACCUACAGGCUGCUUGCGAUUACUUCUCGAACCGUUUCGUAUCGCUCAACCAGUCGAGCUCAAAGCAAGUCUACGUUCACUUCACUUGCGCAACAGACACCAAUCAGAUCAAAUUCGUUCUCUCCGCCGUCAACGAUAUUGUCAUUCAAGUCAAUCUGCGCGAUUGCGGACUGCUGUAG